ACCGGCUGACUUUCAGAGUUCAGCAAUCAGCACUUCCUUCACACAGCGCCACGCGGCGUCGCCGCCACACUAAACUUCACUCCUUCAGCGCCCACCGCCAUCGACGCAGCCAGCCUCGCCAGUGACGGCUCACCGAGGCAGCAAGUAAGUUUUCCGAGGCUGCGAGAGGAGACCUCCAGGCGGAAGACCACCACCGGCGGCCAGCGCCUUAGCUAUAUGGCCACCGGCUAGAGGAGACUGCUGGAAAACCUUAGAAAUUCUGGAGGCAUUCAGGUAGAAAACAGUAAAUGGAUUUCUUUCAUAUAAGAGUAAAGCAAAGACUGCCAUUACAUUCCUGAAUGCGCAGAAAAGCCGAUCCUCUCCAAAACACUGUAGAGUUUUCAAUGGCUGCACUAUACAGAACCCGAAGGACACAUUUCCUUGUCUUCAAAGUAACAACAAAGCAGCUACUCAUUGUGCAACUCAACCAAAGCGCUUCUUUGACUCGACUCUUGCGACCCAUUUGCACCAAUUCCCAUAAUUUUCUCCGUCCAGAACAUUUCAAUACUGUUGAUACCCUCAUUUCAAUAUUCACAAAGCAUCCCAUCGCCUCGGAAAAUCAACAACUCUUGGACUUGGGAUCAAAGCUCACUCCUAAGAUUGUUGAAUCGGUUCUGAAAAGCCUCAGGAGUUGGAGAAUUUCCCAAAUUUUCUUUGACUGGGCCUCAAAUCAACAGGGGUAUAACCAUAAUUGUUACACUUUCAAUGCCAUGGCCGAAAUCCUUUCACGUGCUCGACAAAAUGACCCAUUGAGAAUCUUGGCUGGCAAGUUAGUUAAAUCUGGAUGUUAUAUGAGUCCUGGGGCAUUGGGUUUCUUUCUGAGGUGUUUGGGUAAUCAAGGGCUUGUUAAGGAGGCUAAUAUGUUGUUUGAUCAGUUGAAAAGGUUGGGUCUUUGCAUCCCAAAUAAGUACACUUAUGGCUGCUUGUUGGAGGUCAUCUCGAAGUCCAGUGAUGUUGCUAUGAUAGAGUUGAGGUUGACUGAGAUGCAGGACUAUGGAUGGGUGUUGGAUAAAUAUGCUUUGACUCCAGUUUUACAUUGUUACUGCAAUGCAGGGAAGUUUGGAAAUGCUUUGAACAUUUUCAAUCAGAUGCACGAGAAGGGAUGGGUAGAUGCCCAUGUACUCUGUAUCUUGAUGGUGUCAUUUACCAAGUGGGGAGAGGUAGGCAGGGCAUUCGAGUUGAUUGAGAGGAUGGAAGAACUUAAUAUUAACAUAGGUGAAAAGACAUUUUGCAUCUUGGUUCAUGGCUUUGUGAAGGCUGGCAAAAUGGACAAGGCAUUGCUACUAUUGGAUAAAAUGCGGAACCUGGGAUUUUCCCCAGAUAUUGCGAUUUAUGGUGCUUUAAUAGGAGGGUUAUGCCGGAAUAAGGAGACCGAGAAAGCUUUGCAGUUAUUCAGAGUCAUGAAUGAAUCUGGUCUAAACCCUGAUGUUAAAAUUAUUUCUGAGCUCUUAUCUUGUGUUCCUGAAGAGAGCGAUAUGAUCCAGUUGCUGAAGAUGAGGAAUCUGAAGUUGGAUUUGAAAGCAAAGAUUCUGAUCUACAAUUCUGUUCUAAAAGGUUUAAUUAAUAAAGGUUCUACUGAUAAAGCUUAUCAUCUACUUCGAGCAACAAUGGGAAUGGAGUAUGACUGUGAUUUUUAUGAUGAUAAACUUUUCUUGAUGAAGGAAACUUUUCACCCUGAUACCUUGUCUUUUGAAACUGUUAUUGAUGGAUUGUGCAAGUCUGAUAAAUUAGAUAUGGCUCUUGUCCUCUUUCGAGAUAUGGAUCAAUUUGGUUGUAAACGCAGUGUGCUACUGUAUAAUACUUUAAUUGAUUGUCUAAGCAGUUUGGAUCGCUUGGGUGAAUGCCGUAGGCUUCUGAUUGAAAUGAACGAAUCAGGAUUCAAGCCAACUCAUUUUACAUACAAUUCCAUUUUUAGAUGCUUAUGUAGGCAAGGGGAUGUUGAACAGGCUCUUGGUAUGGUGAGGGAAAUGCGUGUGAAUGGUCAUGAGCCUUGGAUAAAAAACUACACAUUGCUUAUUAAGACACUUUGCCAAGAUGGGAAAGCAGUCAUAUCAUGUAAUUUCCUCGCUGAAAUGGUUAGAGAAGGCUUCCUCCCUGAUGUGGUUGCUUAUUCAGCGGCCAUAGAUGGCCUCCUGAAAAUUCAGCACAUGGAUAAAGCUAUGGAGCUUUUCAGAGAAAUUUGUGCGCGUGGUUAUUGCCCUGAUGUGGUUGCUUAUAAUGUUAUAGUAAAGGGGCUAUGUAAAACUGAAAGAGUACUGGAAGCCCAGGAUCUUUUGAAUGAGAUGUUGGAUAAAGGGCUUGUUCCUUCAGUCGUAACUUACAACUUACUCAUUGAUGGAUGGUGUAAAAAUGGUUGUAUUGAUCAAGCUAUCCUAAUUUUCUCGAGGAUGGUUGAAAAAGAGCAGGAACCAAAUGUCAUUACUUACACUACUUUAAUAGAUGGGUUUUGCAAUGCUGGAAAACCAGAUGAUGCUAUGAAGCUUUGGGUUGAAAUGGAGAGCAAAAGGUGCUUUCCAAAUAGGAUUUCUUUUAUGGCUAUCAUUAAUGGGCUUUGCAAGUGUAGCAAACCAGAUGAUGCUCUGGUUUAUUUACAGGAAAUGGAAGAGAAGGAUAUGGAGCCUGAUGUUUUCAUCUAUAUAGUCCUAAUUAAUGCUUUUAUAUCCAAAUCAAAUCCAAGUGCAGCUUAUGCCUUAUUACGAAGGAUGGUCCAGAAGGACAUUUUCCCCGGUUUAAGUGACAAGUACCAUUCAGUUCUUAAAGAUGCAAUACUAACCAUGUUCACUGAUCCAAGGACUUCAUCAGAUGUAAAAACUCUAAUUGAAGAUGGCCACAUCCCUGAACAUCUCCGUAUUUCAGAAACUGGAUAUGGACUUAACAUCACCGAAUGACCUCAUUGGAAGGGUGUAAUAUCAGCUUACAUCACAUGUUGGAGAUUUGAGUUUAUCAGAAGUAGCAUUCACUUCUAUUAUUGCUUUGUAAGCAGAAGCCUUUGCACAAAGCAGAACAAAUUCCGGUGCCAUUUUUAGAGGCAGGUGAAUGUUCCAAAAACGAAGAAGACAUACUGCAAAUCCAAGGAGUGUUGGAAAGCGCACCUUGCACAAGGUCACCCAAUACAAGAAGGGGAAAGAUAGCCUUGCUACUCAGGGGAAGUGUUAUGAUCGCAUUCCACAAGAAAGUAUAAUAUGAAGCUUUUCUAAUCUAUUAUCUCUAGAAUUGGGGAAAUGUUGAAAAUUCGUUUAGUGCAAGAAAUGAGGAAAUAUUGAGAAUUGGUUUAGUGCAAUGCAGUUUCACGGCUAAUGAUGCUUUUAUCUACCUCCUCUAAACCCGGCAAAAACAACCAAGAAGAUUGUGUUGAGGUUGCAGCACCGAGGCUGCAAACAUGUUUCACAACAUGCAAUCAAGAGGUGCAAGCAUUUUGAGAUUGGUGGUGACAAGAAAGGAAAUGAGACGUCUUUUUUCUAAGAUUGACAUCAAUAUAAUGAAUUGGUAUCGAAUCUUUUCAAGAAUAGGUCCACAGAAUUUUGUUUGUUUAGUUAUUAGCUUUUUACCCUGGAUUCUUAUUAACAUACAUCUACGUUUUGACAUGACAACUAAAUCCUGAAUGACUUGACUAUGAUUGCAAGGGCAAGUGUGUUCCCUUUAAGAUGUUUUGGAUUGUGGAGUUUAAUGAUUAAAAGCUGUUUGAUCA